UAUAGCCUGGCCAUCAUAUACCACUCUGAUCCUAGUAGUCUUCUAUCAUAAUGCCCGCCCAGACUUUUCACACUCUACUUACCGAAGUAUCGCCCUCGGCCAAAUCGGGUUCUGCGGCCAUUACCAUUCCCGCAGCGGGUUCCACCCCGGCGGUUCACCUGGACUACAACAAGCUGAACGAUUAUGUCGGAGCCUUUGCCAACGCUCUCAAAACCUCUGGGGUACAAGGUGGACAGGUCGUGUCAUUGUCUCUGGUCAAUUCGCUCGAAUUUGUCGGUGCUUUCCUGUCUACCGGCUGGUUGCGAGCCGUUUCGGCUCCCCUCAACCCGGCUUACUCGCAGGACGAGAUCGAGUUCUACUUGACCGACACCAAGUCUAGUAUCCUGAUUGUCAAGGCAGGCGAGACCUCGGAUGACAAGCCGACCCUGAAGGCCGCCAAGAAAUGCGGUGUCAAGGUGGUCAGCGUCAAACUGUCUUCGGGUCAAAGCGGAAAGGUCGAGGUCGACUUGAAGACGGUAUUUGACCCUUCGGCGGGAGGAGCUAAGAAGUCUGGCGGAAUUGCUAACAAGGAUCAGCAGCAAGGUGGACCCGUACAGGAGCAGGAUGUCGCUUUGGUACUGCAUACCAGCGGUACUACUGGACGUCCCAAGGCCGUCCCCCUUACGCACCUCAACAUCAUGACCACCAUGGCCAACAUCGUCAAGACUUACGAGUUUACGCCUAAAGAUCGAGGUCUCCUAGUCAUGCCUCUCUUCCACGUCCACGGUCUUGUUGCAGGACUUCUGGCUCCCCUGCUUUCUGGCUCUUCUGUUGUCAUCCCUACCAAAUUCAGCGCAGGUAGCUUCUGGAAAGACUUCGUGUCCGAGAGCUGCACUUGGUACACCGCAGUGCCAACGAUUCACUCGAUCUUGCUGUCUUCGCCCCUUCCUAACCCUUUGCCCAAAAUCCGGUUCAUCCGGUCAUGUUCGUCUUCGCUCUCGCCCACCGUCUUCCACAAGCUCGAGGAUACCUUUAAAGCCCCUGUGCUCGAGGCCUAUGCCAUGUCCGAGGCGGCGCAUCAGAUGUGCGCCUCCCCGUUGCCUAAAAACGGGCCGAGGUACCCGGGAAGCGUCGGGAUUCCGCAAGGUGUCGGUCUGAGCAUCAGGAAUGCUGAUAAUGGCAAAGAGAUCAAGACCAAGGGGGAACAAGGGCGAGGCGAGGUCUGUAUCAGGGGGAAGAACGUUAUGCUCGGUUACGUCAACAACGACAAGGCCAACAAGGAAGGCUACUGGAACGCGGAGGAGAAGGAUGCGCAGGGUGCUAAGGAGAAACGUUGGUUCAGGACCGGUGACGAGGGUUAUCUGACAGAGAAAGGUUACCUCGUCCUGACCGGAAGAUUGAAGGAGCUCAUCAACCGCGGAGGCGAAAAGAUCUCGCCCAUCGAACUUGAUUCCGCUAUCUUGGCUCUACCGCUCGUAUCUGAGGCGGUAACCUUUGGCGUCGCCGACGAAAAGUAUGGCGAAAAGGUCUGGGCCGCGGUCAUCAUCAAGGAUGCCGGAGGAAAGAGCGAUAGCCAGAUCGAAAAGGAGCUGAAAGCAGCUCUUAAUGGGAAAAUUGCCAAGUUUAAGACCCCCGAACGUAUCAUCAUCACCAAGGCGAUCCCCAAGACCGCCACCGGUAAGAUUCAGCGCCGCCACGUUCGCGAUCAAUUUGUGAAACAGGAAGCCGAAAAGGCCAAGAAGCAGAGGCAAAGCAAGCUUUAGACGAGCAAAAACAUCGAUGUGCACUGCUUCUGUGGUAUCAGGUGAUAAAGAUCGAAUACGGUAGAUUGACUGGAAAGUACUUGCCAAAGUGAUUCUACACAUCAGCCAAUUUCGAAGCUGCGCUGUAAUGGGCCGGUUUACCAAACAUUGUUCAACCUUGGAUCGACUACACCAUCGACUCGAGGAAAUUCCUCAUUCCAACAUCGAGGUCUUGCGCAAAUGCUCAGAUGUCCAUAUGUCGAAAUGCAAACAUAAUAGAACACCC